GCAUGCUUUAAUAACGUUGCCCCACCACAUCCUCCCACUUCUGUGUGGAGAAGCUUUCGUGUUUUAAGGAGUUUUCCCUAAGUCUCCUUGUCCCGCAGUAUUAUAUUACACCCCUCCUCUCCCAAUCAGAGAGUCCUCCCCAAAAUCCUCCUGCCCUCUCCUUGCUAUAAGAGCCUGGGGUCGUCCCGGCCUGGCAGAUACCUCUCCCUCUUUGUGGCGCACCGCAUUUCAUAAUUCAGAUCUAAAACCAUUGCAGGCCAAACGCCUUAGUAUAGCUGUCCUGUUUGUUGAUAUUUGUGACAGGUACUUGGGUCAGGGGUCAAAACUGUACCAUAUCCGAAAAAGGAAUAAUACUUAAAAAAAAAAAAAAAAAGUCUGUCUGAAAAGACGAUGCGGGAAGACGACUCCUCCCCGAUGGACAGCGCUGGGAACAGCGAGGAGGAGAGUGACCGUCAGUUGCCACGGAGAGGGGCGAGAAAGCGGCGGGCAGCGCGCCGGAGCACGGACGAGGAGGAGGAUGAGGAGGGAGGCGUAGAGAGCUCCAUCCGUGGCAAGAAAAAGUGCAGGAAGAUCUGCGACGACGGAGGAAGCGGCGGCAGCGAGGCCAGUAGCAGCAGCCCCGCGCGCUCCUUCGACGACCUGCAGACGCAGCGUGUGAUGGCCAACAUCCGCGAGCGACAACGGACGCAGUCGUUGAACGAAGCGUUCACGUCGUUACGUAAAAUUAUCCCCACCCUCCCGUCUGACAAGCUCAGCAAGAUCCAGACGCUGAAGCUGGCGGCCCGCUAUAUUGACUUUCUGUGCCAGGUUCUCCAGAGUGACGAGCUGGACGCGCGAGGGACCAAUUGCAGCUACGUGGCGCACGAGCGCUUGAGCUACGCAUUCUCAGUUUGGAGGAUGGGGGGCGCAUGGUCCUUGUCGACCACUUCCCACUAACUGGACCUGGGAUGUCUGUGAUGAGGCAUCAGGACUGAAGAACGAGUGACUCAGGCCGGAAACAGCCAAGGCCAGGAUCUGUUGCUUUGCUUCAGGCCUCUGAGGAAAGCAGCCCCUUUUACUUUUCCCUUUGCGUGGAUUGUAAUGUUUGCAAGGGGAGCACUUGGACUGCCAGGACGGAUAUGAAGAAAGAGAGAGACCACUGCGACUAUGAAUGUUGUACAAACAAAACAAGCCCCUGACGAACUGCUCUGUUUUGAAACAUGAGAGAAAAAAAAAAUGACUCCACAUUCCGUGACAGUUUUUUAAGAAAAAAAAAAGAAGUAUUUUGUAUUUAUUUUUGUACGCAGGUAUGAAAUUCCUUUUAUCCCCUUUCUCCAAUAAAGCUUAUUUAUUUUCAGGUUAUCAAACAGUGUUGAAUGGAUAACCCAUUUUCCCCCCUGUUGUAAAUAUUUGAUGAUACGUCAAAUAAAGAUAAUAAUAGGCAAUC